AUGGUUUCAGCAACGUUAAGUUACUUGAUAUACAACACGAUGACGAUCAUCUCUCCUACUAAGGCCCAUCGAGUGUUCUUCAACUACCGAGGAGAGCAAUUGCGCCACAGCUUCGUGAGUCAUCUCAUUGAUGCUUUUGAACGGCAUGGGAUCAACUUCAUCGUAGACAAAUACGAGCAGAGAGGCAAAGAUCUCAAAAAUCUCUUUGUUAGGCUCGAAGAUUCCAGCAUCGCGCUUGCCAUUUUCUCUUCCAGGUAUCCUGAGUCGAGCUGGUGUAUGGAUGAGUUAGUGAAGUUGAAGGAACUAGCCGAUAAAAAUAAGAUCCAAGUCAUUCCAAUAUUUUACAAGGUGAGAGCACGAGACGUGAGUAGCCAGACAGGUAAGUUUGGUGAUAACUUCUGGAACCUUGCUAAAGCUUCUAGUGGAGAUCAGAUCAAGAAAUGGAAGGAAGCGUUGGAAUGUAUCUCCGGCAAGAUGGGUUUGUCGUUGAAAAACAAGAGCUCUGAAGCUGAUUUCAUCAAGGAAAUUGUGAAGGAGGUUGUGAGAGUUAUAGAAGCACCUGAACCCGAGGAAGAAGAUAAUCAUGUUGAGAAGAAAAAGAGUCAGGGGAGAAAGAGAAAGGCUUGCAGUUGCCCAUCGAGGAAUUCAUGUGCUCACUACGACUCAGGAGUCAUGACAGAUCAGCAACGAGUGUGGGGAGCAGCAUCGAUGGUGCCAACGGCGGUGGUGGUUGUUGAUACUGCCAAGGCAUAA